AUGGAGCCCGGGAUUCCGCGGGAGCUGGGAUCCCAGUCGUCCCAAACCUACGCGUACCCAGAGACAGCUUGGACGCUAGCCACUUCCGGCAGCCCGAGCCUGUCCACCAGGAAGUCCUUGGCGUGGUCCUCCCUCGCCUACUCCGAUGACUUCCACCUGGGCUUGGCGGCCCGGCCCCGCCGCCUCGGGGUACUGAUGCUGCGGCCGCACCCGGAGCCGCAGCUGCUGCGUCUGCGCCCCUCCUCGCAGCGCACACAAGACAUCUCGCACCUGCUUACCCGCGUCUUCCGCAACCUUUACUCGGUCGAGGUGAUCGGUGAGGACCUGAGCGCCAGUCUGAUCAAGGCCCGCGGCAGCGAGGAUGAGCGCCACGAAUUGUUCGUGGACCAGCUGCAACAGAUUCGGGAGCUCUAUAAGCGGCGGUUGGAUGAGGUUGAAAUGUUGGAGAGACAUAUCAUUCAGGCCCGUGCACGGGCUUUUGCAGAAACAGAGCGAGUCACAAACCAGGCCAGAUUACAUGUUCUGGAGACCCUUGUCAAGUUGCCUACAGUGAAGACUGUCUUCAGGUGGUGUGUAGAUAGUGAGUUGCUACGGAAACAUCAUUUGAUCUGCCCAGAGGAUUACUACAGUGAUCCAGUGCCAUUUUGCUCUGCACCUAAAGGUGCCAUCCUCCCUGAAUGUUCAAAACUGACAUUUAGCUGUAAGAAGCAUCCAAAUCCAAAGGCUGACUUGGAAAAGGAGGUUGAGUUGUCUUGCAAGGAGAAACAUCCCGAAGUUGUGGAUGAGUUUGAUUACACUGUUGACAGCCUGACAUGGGACUCAACUCUUAAGGUCAAACACAAAACCAAAGAAACUGUCAAGAAUGCAAGUCCACCAAAGAAUAAAAACUGGAUGAACCACUUAUGUAUGCCACAGAGAGAAAUGGAGCGACUUCUGCUUGCCAGAAUGGAGACUCGGAACCAAUUCCUAAAAAACCCUAGGUUUUUCCCUCCUAACACUCCAUAUGGAGGCAGGUCUCUUAUUUUUCCUCCAAGGAAGCCAGCACAGAUAGGAGAAUUCCCAGGAGCAAAGCCAGAACAGAGUUGUUCGGAUAUUCCAGUGUUUUUAGCUAAGCCAUCAGUCGUGUUUUUCACAGAUUAUGAAAUUGGACCAGUUUAUGAGAUGGUGAUCGCGCUGCAGAACACCACUGCGACCAGCCGUUACUUGAGGGUCCUCCCACCUUCCACUCCAUACUUUGCUGUAGGGUUGGGGAUGUUCCCAGGAAAAGGUGGAAUGGUGGCUCCUGGAAUGACCUGCCAGUACAUUGUUCAGUUUAUUCCCGACUGUCUUGGGGAUUUUGAUGAUUUAAUUUUGGUCGAAACCCAGUCUGCCCACACACUUGUGAUUCCCCUGCAGGCCCGAAGGCCACCUCCUGUGCUGACCUUGUCACCGGUGUUGGACUGUGGUUACUGCCUUAUUGGAGGACUAAAGAUAACCAGAUUCACCUGCAAAAAUGUGGGCUUCAGCAUUGGCAAAUUCUGCAUUAUGCCGAAAAGUUGCUGGCCACCACCAUGUUUCAGGGCUGUUGCAACCACUAGUUUUGUUGAACAACCUCCCUUUGGAGUCAUGCCUUCUGUGUUUGAGCUGGCCCCGGGGUAUGCCGUAUUACUAGAGAUACUGUUCCUCCCAACGAGCCUAGGAAAGGCUGAGCAAACCUUCAUCAUCGUGUGUGACAACUGCCAGAUCAAGGAACUGGUGAUCACAGGAACUGGGCAACUGGUUGCUUUGGAUCUGAUCUAUAUUUCUGGUGAAAAAAGUGAACCAGACCCCGGAGAGCUCACAGACUUAACAGCCCAGCACUUCAUCCGAUUUGAGCCUGAAAACCUUCAGACCACAGCUAGGAAACAGUUGAUUAUCAGAAAUGCUACGCAUGUGGAGCUGGCCUUCCACUGGCAGAUCAUGAAACCCAACCUGCAGCCCCUAAUGCCUGGAGAAACCUACAGCAUGGAAAGCAUCAAGUGUUACCCCGACAAGGAGACUGCCUUCUCCAUCGUGCCUGAAAAUGGGGUUCUCAGCCCCCAUACGGACCACGAGUUCAUCCUGAGCUUUUCUCCUUAUGAGAUGAGGGGUUUCCACAGUGUGCUGCAGAUGGUGCUGGAAGCUGUCCCUGAGCCCUUGAGCUCAGAGAUAGAGAACCUGGGGGACUACUCAUACUCUGUGGAUGAUGUGAUUGUCCUGGAAAUCGAGGUGAAAGGCUCAGCAGAACCCUUCAAGGUUCUCUUGGAGCCAUAUGCCCUCAUUAUCCCUGGGGAGAACUACAUUGGCAUCAACGUGAAGAAAGAUUUUAAGAUGUGGAACAACAGCAAGUCACCCAUCAGAUACAUGUGGGGGAAGAUCAGUGACUGCCACAUCAUUGAAGUGGAACCCUGCACUGGGGUCAUAGAGCCCAACGAGGUUGGGGAUUUUGUGCUGAACUUUACUGGGGGUGUCCCUGGCCCAGCCAGCCAGGACCUGCUGUGUGAAAUCAGAGAUUCACCCUCUCCAGUGGUGUUGCACAUCGAGGCAGACUUUAAGGGGCCUGCCCUGGUCAUCAACGUCUCAGCCCUUCAAUUUGGUCUGCUCCGCCUGGGGCAGAGCAUCACAAAUGCCAUCCUGAUCCAGAACAUCAGCCAGCUCCCUGCAGUGUGGCACUUGAGAGAGAGUCCUGUCUGCCUGGAAGAAAGAUGUGCAGAGGCAUCGCCCUUCUACAUUGAACCUUCAAGUGGCCAGCUUCAGCCUCUGGGGGAGUGCAAAGUGACAAUCACUCUGGAGGCUUUGCAGUGCCAGCGUCUGCAGACUGUACUGGAGCUGGAGGUGGAAAAUGGGGACUGCAGCUACCUUCCUGUGUAUGCCGAGAUACAGGAGCCCCAUGUGUACCUGAAGAGCAGCCAGGUGGAGGUCAGCAACCUCUACCUGCGUGUGCCUACAAAGUCAACCAUAACACUCAUCAAUGGUACACUUCUGCCCACCCGGUUUCACUGGGGCAAGCUCCUGGGAGACCAAGCAGCCUUCUGCACAGUGAGAAUUUCCCCUAAACAUGGCCUGCUGGGUCCCAGUGAGGAAUGCCAGCUCAACUUGGAGUUGACUACCUAUAUCCAGGAAGAGCUGACCGGUCUGGCCCUCCCUUGUCAUGUGUCAGGCAUGAAGAAACCACUGGCCCUGGGAAUUUCUGGGAAGCCUCGGGGAUUGGAAGUGACCAUCUCCAUCUCUGUAGAGGGCUCUGAUAGCAGUGUUUUCAGCACAAAGCAGUAUCCAGCCCAUCCGGAGGAGCUCCAACUGGACUUUGGCUCAAAGGUGCUGCUGAGGACCUGUGUGCAUCGCCAGCUCAUCCUGACUAAUCACUCCCCAAUACAGACCGCUUUCACCCUCAACUUUGAGUACUUCAGGAGCCCUCAGAACAGCCUGAGCAAAAAGACCAGCCUCCCUGACAUGCCUCCUGCCCUCAUAAAGACUGCACGGAUCCGAGAGCAGUUGGCUAAGCGAGAGCAGCUGGAUUUUAUGGAAAGAAUGUUAUCUCACAGGAAAGGAGCUGCUUUUUUCUCCCACAUUUCCCAAGGCACACUGGAGCCCUAUCAGCAGCUAAGCAUUGACAUCACAGGCUGUGCCAACAUGUGGGGCGAAUACUGGGACAACCUCAUUUGUACGGUGGGGGACCUGCCACCAGCAGUCAUCCCAGUGCACAUGGAAGUGGUGGGCUGCCCCAUCAGCUCCCUGAGGACUAUCUACUAUACCGCUGACCGGUUCCAGAAGGAGCCUAUCAUCAGGUUUGGGACCCAGAUGUCUGGAGGAGACACAGUCACCCGGAUCCUUCGCCUGAAUAACUCCAGUCCCUGUGACAUCCGCCUGGAUUGGGAAACCUAUGUUCCAGAAAACAAGGAGGACCGGCUGCUGGAGCUGCUGGUGUUUUAUGGGCCACCUUUCCCACUGCGAGACCAAGCUGGGAAUGAGCUCCCAUGCCCUGAGACCUCUGAGGUCAGCUUACUUUGGUCCUCAAGCCCCUCUAAUGUGUCAGAGUCCAGCCAUGUAGCUGCGCUGUCAGUGGAGGGCAGCUCCCGUGCUGCCAUCAGAGACACAGAGCAGAUCAUCUCAGUUGUCCUGCAGGGGCACGAUGGGGUGCCCUCUGACCAUCUGUACUGUAUCAGCCCAAGCAAGUGGUGAGUCAGGCAGGGGGUGGUCCCUGCUGGCGGCAGUCGCACCAUUUACAUCUCCUUCACACCCAUGGUGCUCAGCCCCGAUGUCCUACACAAGGUUGGGUGCACUGGCUAUGCCCUAGGCUAUAUGAGCUUGGACAAUGAGGUGGAAAGGGAGAUUCCAGGGCGGAGGCGUCGCCUGCAGGACUUUGCUGUGGGCCCCCUGAGACUGGACCUGCAUGGCUACGUGAGGCGUGCGCAGCUAAGUGUGGAGCUGGACUCCAGCGGCAGCGUGGAAUUCCGGUGCCAGGCAAGCGAUCUCAUCCCUGAGCAGCCCUGCUCUGGGGUGCUGAGUGAACUACUGACAACCCGCCACUUGAAGCUGAUCAACACCUCGGAAAUCCCACACUACUUCCAUAUCCUGGUCUCCAGGCCCUUCUCUGUUUCUCAUGAUGGGGCCAGCCACAGCCACAGAGCUGACUGUGGCCUAGAGCAGAAGUCAGAGGAAGAGUCAGCCUCAGCAGCCAAGUUGCUGAUGCUCUGCCCACAGAAGAACAUGCUGGUGAACGUGUCUUUCUUGCUCUCUCUGGAGCUGCUCUCCUACCAGAAGCUCCCGGCUGACCAGAUGCUGCCUGGAGUGGAUAUUGAGCAGAGCGAGAAUGGAGAGAAAGAGAUGGUGUUUACUCAGCCUCUGUUCCUGGAGUUCACCAACCAGACCACUCAGGCUGUGUCACUAGGUGGUGCCGCUGCGGCCAUUGUGGCUGUGCCUGAGCUGCUCUCCACCAGCUGGGUGGACUUUGGGACCUGCUUUGUGAACCAGCAGCAGGCCCGGGAGGUCUACCUAAUGAACCUCAGUGGCUGCCGGAGCUACUGGACUGUGGUGAUGGGACAGCAGAAGGCAGCCAAGGAGGGAGGUUUCAGGGUCUCCCCAAGCAGUGGGCUGCUGGCAGCCCGACCCACCAAUGCGCCCCCAACCUCCAUCACUAUGCAGGUGUUCUUCACUGCCAGGAGCAGAGAGCUGUAUGAGUCCACUGUGGUGGAGGGCGUGCUGGGUGAGAAGGCCUGCACCCUGCGGCCGGGCCAAGGCUCUUAUGACGAGAGAUACAUGACACAUCACCAGCUCUGA